UCGAAGUUCACGCCAGUUGCGUAAUAGUUUGUUGUUGACAACAACAUGACCGACGCUCCCGUCCCAAACCAGGGACUUUCGUCUUCCCAACAAUCCAGGUGCAGGUUGGGAAGACGGCUGAGGUGGCGACCGACGUCUGCAGCUCACCUCGCCGCCGCUGAAACAAGAGUCCUGCAGCAUGUAAAAUCAAAGGUGGAUAGACUCUACGUCCCCAUCUCCAACGACAGAAGGAUAUGGACCUUAAAAGUCGACUCCCAAAAUACAGAGGCUCUGCCGAUUGUCCUGAUCCACGGCUUUGGAGCUGGAGUAGGCUUCUGGUUACUGAACAUUGAUGCCUUUGCCAAGCACCGCGCUGUCUACGCGUUUGACGUGCUUGGCUUCGGGCAAAGUUCUCGUCCAAAAUUCAACACCAAUGCAGACGCCGUUGAGGAGGAAUUUGUGAACUCUAUCGAGGAAUGGAGGGAGGGUGUCGGGCUGGAGAAGUUCAUCCUGCUGGGACACAGUUUUGGGGGUUUUCUGGCAGCCUCUUACUCCAUCAAACACCCAGACAGAGUCAAACACCUGAUACUGGCCGACCCCUGGGGAUUCCCAGAGAGGACAGAAGAGGCUGCUGAAGAACAGAGAGCUCAGAUCCCAGAUUGGAUGAGGGCGAUUGGUUCCAUUUUGCUGCGCUUCAACCCACUGUCACCAUUCAGAGCAGCAGGGCCAUGGGGACCCAGGCUAAUACGGAAGGCACGUCCAGAUCUUCAAGCCAAGUUUACUGAUGCCUUUGAGGACUUCACAAUCAUUGACUACCUAUACCACUGCAAUGCACAGCCCCCAAGUGCAGAGACGGCCUUCGGUCACUUGCAAGUCCCGUACGGGUUUGCCAGGAACGCCAUGCUUCCCCGCAUGUCCCAGCUCAGGGAGGACGUGCCCAUCACCUUCAUCUUUGGCGGCGAGUCGUGGAUGGACAGCAGGCCGGGGAAACAGACCGAGAUUCUCAGGAAGGAUUCUUACGUAGACGUAAUGUACAUUCGGGAUGCCGGACACCACGUGUAUGCUGACAGACCAGACAGGUUCAACGGGAAGGUGGUGUGGGUUUGUAACCAUGCAGACAGGCUUCACCAGGCAGAGACCAGAGAAACCAUCAUGGAAACAAGCAUGUGAUAUUUUCCAGACUGUCAGUGCCCAGCUAGUGUCAAACUCAACACAGGGCUCGAAAUACUGGGUGCCAAAUUUGGAGCUGUGCACCCAAUUUUUUCUGUGGGUGCACCAGUGCACGCAAGUAUUUUCG